CGCGUGAAAAAGGGGAGCGGCGGAAGGGAGGUAAGAGGGCCGUUGUCAUCAGCAGCUGAGGGGGCACGCUGUGGUCGUUCUCUCGAUUCCUCGCGUUGACCUCGAGGACUGGGGGCCGCUGAUUACGGGCCCCCGAGGUCUCUGAUCCGAUCAAUGGUGGUGGUCCCGCUCCCAGGGAGCGGAAGUAUGCCUAACGAACUUUGCGGGCGCGAUUGGGCGAAUGGUGGGCAUGCGGAAGGAGGACCUCUCCCGCUUGGGCUGCAGUCCCACCACCAGCAGCAGCUCCCGGGUUCGGCACGCGGACCAGGGCGGCACCAUGUGGCUGUUAGCAAGACGGGAGGAGGGGUUUGUUGGGGGGGGCGCUACUCGCACGAAGAGAGGAGAUCGAAUCUGGAGGAAGAGGGGCAAUCAGACGCAGAGGAGCAGGGGAAUCACCACCUGCAAUCGCGCCGAGGCGAGGCGAUAGAUGUGUCAUCCUCUGGGAGAUGGGGUGAUGACUGUGAUGAUCGUGAGGGAAAUCAUGGAGGCAGCUGGAGGGGAGGAGAGGGAGGAAUCUCUCAGCAUCGGCAUUUUCGAGGACACUAUCGCCAUCGUCUCUCUCCUCCUAUUCGACCAGAGCGGAUCUUGUCGGAGCGGGGAUUUUCAGACAGAAGGGAGGAGGAGAGAAGGGAGGAGGAGAGAAGGGAGGAGGGAGGUGGCGGGAGUUCGACGAUCGAUGACACAGGGGGGGGGGCGGCUGACAUAGAUCGAUGGGAAGGGGGGCCAGCAGCAGAUGGUACAGGAAGGUGCCUCCUGCUUGGCCAAUCACCGGUCCGUCAUCAUCUUCAUCCUCCUACCUCUCCGCCGACUUCUCCUUGUUCUCCCACUCCCUUGCGGGGUGAAGAAGAGCGUAACGUAAUGGGGGAGGCAGCGAGUCCACGUGGCAGACGAUCGAAUUGGGCGUCGUCGGCGACAGGUGGUUUCUUGCCAUCCGUGAUCGUUGGAAAUAAGGAAGUGAUGGGAUCGGGAUCGAGGUCCAGGUCGUCGACGUCGGUGGCGAGAUUGCUCCCUGUAGAAGGUGGUAGUGGAUAUGAUGGGAGGAGAAGGGGGGGAUGGGAAAUAGCUGAGCAUGAACUGUACCCAAGGAGGACGGCGGCGUUGAUGACGACCUGGACAACGAGGAGGAAGAAGACGAUGACCACGAGAACGAGGACGACGGCGAUGGCGAAGCGGUUGCUGAAGAUGGACACGGAAUCUGCGGGAUGGGCGGCGAGGGCAUAUGGCAUCUCGCUUGAGAGUUUGAUGGGCAUGGUGGCCGUGAAGGGAGAGGAGGAGGAGGAGGAGGAAGAGAAAGGAGUGGAGGAAGAGGAAGAAGAAGUGGAAGAAGAGGAGGAAGAAGUGGAAGAAGAGCGAAGGGUCCAUUCUGUGCUCAUGAGCGGCAACGAGUGUGAUUACCUCUGGAGAGGCGGCGGCAGUAGUAGACCGAUGGGGGUAAACAGGGUGGGAGAACAUUAUCUAGGAGGAGGAGGGGGAGGGGGAGAUCAUGACGGGCAAGUUAGGGAUAGUCGAAGGAUGCGCAGCGAGAUGUCAGCUGGUGGCGGUGCAGAACGGGAAAAAGGCGGAGGGGCUGCCGCAGUUCGUGCGGAUCUAGUGUCAUUGGGCGAUGAUGGUUGCGCAAGCGCGGGGGUGGCGGAAGAAGGGGAGCUGGUGGAGAGCGAGGAUGGAGAAGAGGAGGAGGUAGCUGAAGGGGAGGAUGCCUGGGGUGAAGACACGACGAGCAAGCAUUUCGUCCGAAGAAAAAGCGCGGGAGAUGAUCGCCUUGGAACUAGUCUCUCUUUGGAGAGGACUAGCCCAUCAUCACCCACGACCCUUCAAAGAAGAGAGCUCAACAAAAACUGCAAUGAUAGACAAAACCGAGCUCGGAUGCCGAUUGAGCGUCAUCUGAAUGAUCCUUGGGGAGCAGAAGGCGGCGGCGGCGGAGGAGGAGGAGGAGGUGGAGUAGUGGAGGAGGAUGCGUCGAAUGAGGCGCACAGAGACUGGCGCCGUUUUGGCGGGAAAGAGUUUGGGUUGAAUGGCCAUGUACUGGGUGAGAGGAGGUGGUCGAUGCUGAAUGCUUGGCGCCGUUUUGGCGGGAAAGAGUGCAAAUGGGGGGAAGAAGGGUCGAUGAUGAACGAAGGUAGAGUGGGUGGCGGCGUUUUGGCGGGAAAGAGUGCAAAUGGAGUUGGCGACUUUUUGGCGGGAAAACUUUCUGCUGGCGGUGGGGUCGACGCAAGGGAGGAGGGAGAGGAAUGGAGGAGGCGCCAGAAAAGCGCGGGAACAGUGGCUGCUGCUGAGUCUCCUGCACUGAUUAGUGGACGCCAUGUCUCGAGCUCGCGAGCGCGACGAACUGAAAUGGACAGCGACUGGCAGACCGGGAUUGGGAUGGCGAAUUUGGCGGGAGUCAUUGGAGGGCGGGGAGCUGGAAAGGGGGGGGUGUUAGUAUCGGGCAGGAUGCCCGCUGUGUCAGCGGCGGAAGUAAUGGACGCUCUUCCCGCCGAAGAGCGAGCCUCGUUUAUGAACACCUGGCUGUCGUUGGCGACACGACAAGAAGAGAAUUUGGUCGACCGCGCAAGAGGUGGUGCUUUGACUCGAAGAAGGCCUUCCUUGGACCGGGAUAGGGACCGCGAUGAUGACGUGGACAUUGCGGCUAGGGGCAUAGGAGGAGGAGGAGAAGGAGGAGGAGAGGUUAUUCACCACCACGAGGACGAUGAAUCAACGGUCCGACUUCCUACCCCUCGAAUGGGAGAGAGCAGAUUUGUCCAGUUCCAGAGGGAGGUGUUGACAAGAGAGGGAAGACUCGAGCAACCCGGCGAGGAAGAAGGAAUUCAGGAGAUCAUGGCUAGGGAUGAAGUGGUGAUUGACACUGCACAUGAGAAGCUGCUGAGCUUGCGACGGGGGAGACGGGAUCUCAUGAGGGCGGCGGCGGACGGGCUUCGUAAGAAGGGUGGAGGAGUGGGGAGGCAGCGGCGGGAGAUAGGUUUGGAACGCCGCUCGGCAGAGAUGAGUAGGUUCAUGGAAUGGGUCGACGAGAGAGGGGCUCUCGAAAGAGGCGAGGAGAUGGGCUACGAGGGCCGAGGAGGACGUGGAGGAGGCGAUGAAGAGGAGAGGGAUUCGACGCCCAUUGGUUGGCAAACCCUUGCUAUUCCUCCUCCUGGUGCACCAUCUUCUCGUGAGGGUCGUGCGUAUGGUAAUGAUGAUGAUGAUGAUGAUGAUGAUGAUGAGCAUUGUCAUUCCUUCCCUGUGUCCUCUAGGCAACGGGGCAUGUCAUCGAGUGAAGGCUUCUGGGAGAUAGGAGAGAGACCUUUGGCUAGGGCGCCAGCAGUCGAUGUCGAUGGUGGAAACAGCCACACGUUCGACUCAGCAGCACGAGUCGGGAUCAGAACCCGUUCAGCUCCCGACUUGUGCAGAGGGGGGAGGGGUGUUGGGUCCGUGGGCGUUUCGAGAAUGAUGCCGACCAAGGCGGGAGGAGAGGAGGUCGUUGCUGUCCGUGGUCGUGAAGAUGGGUGCCGGCAAGGAGGGAGCGGAGGAAGAGGAGGAGGAGAGGGAGAGAGAGAGAGGGAUUUUGUUCGUUGUGGUAGUCGCGGCCGCCUUGCCCAGAACGCGGCGCAGCCAAGCGGGGGAGCAUUCUCUCUUGCCCAGAACGCGGCGCAGCCAAGCGGGGGAGCAUUCUCUCGUUCAUCGAUGGCAUGUGUCGAGGAUGUGAGGGGAGGAAAAGGAGUGGGGACGACGAGCUCAUGGUUUCAGUAUCAAUAUGAAGAUGAUGACGAUUAUGGUACGACGAUGGUAUCCAGGAGCGGGUUUCCGUCGCUGGUGCCUAGCGAUGACGGGCGAAAAGGGGCGGCGGCGAUUUCCAGCGAAGCAGAGGGGAUAGAGACGCGGGAUUUUGGUUCAUCGAGGAAGAGGAGGCGGGAGUAUUCAGGGGGGGUUGAGGAGAAUACAAAGUUUGCUGGAGCGGCGCAGCGAGAGUGGUCGUUGGGCGGGGAGAAAAGCCUUGCGCUGUCUGAAGAUUCCCUUGAGAAUACGCUUAGUCGAGAAGAGAGGUGGGCGGCGGCAGACGCUGGAGGAGGAGGGGGUGGUUGGAGCAAUGGGAGGGCGGUGCCACUGAUCGAAAGACUUGGAGUAGGGGGCGAAGGAGGAGGAGGAGAAGGAGGAGGAGAAGGAGGAGGAGAAGGAGGAGGAGGAGGAGGAGGAGGGGAGGCAUUGCCGUUGUCGUCAUCUAACUGGCUGGUAAACAGCGGAAUAACAACAGCAGCUUUGUUCGGUCGGCGAUUGAGAAGCGAGGGGGAUGUCUCUUCUCCUUCUCCACCUGUUCCUUCGGUAUAUCCGGUGGCGGAGUUUCCGGAGGGUGUAGCGGACGGCUUCGACAACGUGGGAGAGAGGAGUAUGCCUGGUUCCAGACAAUACUGCGUGGAAAGAGAAGGCUUGACGGAGGUUUGUGGGAGAGAGGAGGAGGCGGCGGAGGAGGAGUUGGAGGAGGGGGAGGCGGAGGAGGACGGGGAGGAGGAGGAGGAGGAGGAGGAGGAGGAGGAGGCGGAGGAGGAGGAGGUGGAGGCCCGUAGGAAUAGUAUUGCGGACCAGGGUGAUGGGAUCCUAUCAGCUUAUUCUAUGUCGGCAAUGACGGUCCCGAUCGACGGUCGGGAUAAAGCUGCUAUGGAAGCUCAAGACGAAAGCGAAGUCAAACCCGGAGGACCGACGUCUACUUCAUGUGGGGAGGAAGGCGAUGCCUUGGCUUUCCUGAGAGAGAUGGCGAAGCUGGUCUCAUCGGGAUACGGACUCGACAAGUGUAUCAAGCACAUGGAAGGAGAGGCGGCGCCGCCUUACUCCCCCCCUCCUCCUCUUCCUCCUUCAGACGUGGAUCAUGACCCGGAAUCACUGCUGGCGACCCCAUUGCAACGCCCCUUUUUGGGUGCUACUGGUAGUGAAGAUAUGGCUGUUAGAUAUGGCGGCCAAUCAACGGCCAAUCAACGCCCCUUUCCCCCUGCGACUGCGAGCGGCAACAGUGCGACCUUGAGAACAAGAAGGAGAAAGAAGGGCGAUGAAGAGGGAAUCGCAGUGUUAGAGGAUAUUAGUAAUGAUGAUUACGAUGGAUUUGAUGAACAUGAUGAGUAUGGGGCUGAUCGUGGUGGUGAUGGUGGUCGUUGUGGUGUUCAGCACGAUGAGGGGGAAGGGGAACAUAAAGGUGGGCGAAAGUUGGUGCACAUGUCAGACCCCUGCUUUGCAUGGAAGGGUGAGCGUGCGCCAUCAGCAACGGCCUUAAACAGGGCGAAGUUUGCCAUCGAAGGGGGGGGUUCUCAUCAAUCGAAACGAACCCUACCAUCGGGUUUCAAGGUGGGCAGUGGGAGAGAGGGGGGGGGUCAAAUUGAGGAUGCCCCGUCUAUGCUGGGGCAGAGUGGUGUUGUGCCAGAGUGGGGAUUUGCUCGGGACGGCUAUGGUGAGGGAAACAAUUACGGAGCAACUCGGAUGAAAGGGAUCGAGGAGGGAAAAGACAUGAUGAUGGGGGAGGGCGAAGAGGAGGAGGAGGAAGAAGAAGAGGAGGGUGAAAUCGCUUAUCGGGAGAAGAUGGAGAAUGGGAAGGGGGUGAUGAUGAUGGAAGAGGGUGAGGAGGAGGAGGAGGAAGAAGAGGAGGGGGAAAUCGCUUAUCGCGGUAAUAGGGAGAAUGGGAGGGGGGUGAUGAUGAUGAUGGAAGAGGGGGGGGAGGAAGAGGAGGAAGGGGAGAUCGUUGCCCGCGAGCCGCAGAGGUGCCGAAUGCCCAAGAUGGAUGUACAUAGCUUGGAUUCAAAUGCACGCCUCAGAUUUUGUCGGACUAAUGAAGCAGCCAGGGCGAGGGGUCAGGCAAAGUUGUCUAAAGCUGCGGUUGAUCUCCUAGGAAUGGAGAAUGAGGGGGAGGAGGGAGACGUGAGAGGAGAUGAAGAGAGAGAGAAUAUGAAGGAGAACGGGAGGUGCGGGCGAGAUGGGAGUAGAAUGUGUGGGGCUCUGGCGGAGAGGGGUGUUCGUCCGCCCAGUGAAAAAGGAGGCAUUGUAAUUCCGUCUGAGAAGUUGGGGCAACUACGUGGCAAUGUCUCCGAUGAGAACGAUCUUCUUGAUGAGAGUCACGUGUUCGGGGCGGCGGACGGGGAGCGGUGGCGGGUUGAGAAGGAUGUUAUGGUGUCGCUAGAGAAGGUACCGUUGUUGACAGGUAGAGAAGCCACCGGCUUGAGGGAACACGGCUCGAUCACAAACGAAGCAGCAUCGGCAGUGGAACUGCCGUUCCCCUCCUCAAGGAGAGUGGAACAUUUCGAAGAGGAGGUCGUUGCAAUGGACUCGCCUGUAGCUAUAACCUCCGAUCACAAUGAGAUAGAUUCUGAACAAACAGAACGUGCAAACGACGUGGCAAGUGGUGGGGGACAAGGAGAUGGCCUGGAAGACCAAGAGGGAGAGGGGGAAGAGGAUGAUGACAACCUUUACGAGGUUAGCGGCGGCAAAGGGCAAUCAUGUCGCAUUCGUCUCGGAGAAGUGGAGGUUGCUGCGACGGACAUGACAGACGGCUAUCUCGGCAAUAUCGACGCAGAUGCUAAUGAUUAUCAUGGUGAUAGUGGUCAUGAUGAUGGGGAGGAGGAUGUGGAGGAGGAUGAGGAGGAGAAUGAGGAGGAGGAUGAGGAGGAGGAGGAUGAGGAUAUGAUCCUGCUCUUGCCUGAUAAUGAUCCGCAUUUCGUGCGAGAGGAGAAGCCGAUGCUGUGUGUGUCGACGUGGCAAGAUCUCCACUCUUCUGCCGAUUCCGCGAGCAUGCAAGGGGUGGGGGGAGGCGCGUACAGUCCAUGGAUUGGGUCCACCCUUCAAAACCCCGGGUUCACUGGCAGGACCGUUAGCGCAUUGCCCAGUUGUGCAGCGGGGCGAGUGUUUGGCCUUGGAGGACCAGGAGCAGGAGGGAGUAGUCGAGCAACCCUGCUUCGAGGCGGCGGGUCAAUCAUGACGCCGAUGACGAUGAUGAUGACCCCACGCCAUGCGAUCCCUUCUAUUACACCGCACAAGCGGUUAUGGAACCAGUGGGUUGCUUCGCCAUCGGCGACUUGUCAGCGCACACAGCAGCAGGGCCAUGGGGCGCCGGGGGCCGCGGGCGAGGGGGAAGCGAGUCCGAUGGGCGAGGGGGAAGUGUGUCCGACGGGCGAGGGGGAGGCGACCGCCUUGAAUACGACGGACGAGGAGGGGCCACCGUCGGUGCAUGUCGGCGGAGAGGGGGAAGCGAUGGAGAUGUUGAGAGGCGAAGGCGGCAAUCGGACGAUGGGGAAUUUGAUCGGAGAGAUGACGGUGGAGAAUGCGACGGACAAGAUGGAAAUGGAGCUCGCUGAGGCGGUUGGGGAAGUAGCAACUCACGAGAGCAACGAUCCAGUAGAGGAGGAAGGGGAGUCCUGCGGCCCGAUGGAAACAAGCAACAAGCGGAGGCGUUGCAGCAUGGUGGAGGUCGGGGUGUUGAAGUACGGGCAGGAGAGGGAGCAGCAGCAGCAGCAGACGGAGCUUCGCUCGGCGGGUUGUGAACAAGAGGAGGAGGGGUUACAGAGUCUGCACAGCAAGUCUAUGGAAUUGGUAGGUGAAGGUCCUCCGGGACCCUUAGGAGGAUUAGUGAGUGGAAGCAACGAGGAGGCUUCUUGCAUGGACGAGGAGGGUUAUGAGUUAGGACGCAGGAAAGAUGCUGAUUGUGGCUAUCAUGAUGAGGGAUCGGUACCUGGGCAGCGGGAGGAGGGGGAGGAUAGAUAUGGCGAGCUGUAUGCAUCUUUGGACGGGGGUAAAUUGGCGGGGCAUGGCCACGGAGAGAGUGGAGCUCAUCAGGAGCAGCAGCAGCAGCAGCAGCAAUAUCAAGAGGAGAAAGACAAAGAGAGGAAGAAGAACAAAGAGAAAGAGAGGAAGAAGAAGAGCCCUGCCGAAUUGAACGCUACCUUGAAGGCACUUUUGAGUAAGUUUGUCAACCAAGGAGAGUUUGUGAUGGAUGCGUCGCCCGAGAGGGAGAGGGGGCAAUCGUCAUCGUCGGCAGUUUCGGGCACAAAGGUAGGGGAGGGCACUAACGACGAGGAACAGAAAACGGAUGGGUUGAGUCCAGAGGUGCUAACGAGAAGUGUAGGACGUGGAAGGACAGCAGCAGGAGCAGCAGGAGCUGCUGCGGCCAUGGCUAUUUAUAGUUCUGGCGAUCGUAGCAGAGGUGGUGCUUCGGCCACUGUUGUUUCCACUCGGCGAAUUGCACAGCCAGAGGAGCAGCAGCAGCUGCUGCAGCGCGGAGUUUCUACUGCAGUUGGUGCCACCAAGAAUUCCGGGCAUGACGUUGUGGUGGCGGAUGUUGCCUCUCGGAUUGCACACACAGACACAGGACCAGGUAAUGCUGGCGGGGUCUCUUCAAGAGUGAGAGAGCUCGUCGGUCGUGAACACUCGUCAUCGUUACGGUAUUUGCAGCAGCAGCAAGAGGGGGACGUUCGCGAAGUGCGCGUAUCUGCAGCUGCGGUACUAGGUGGCACUGCAAGAUCAUCAGCAUCAGCAUCAUCAUCACUGCAGUGUUCGCUGGUGCCAACGAUGCCUAGCGGGGUAAUGGUGGGGUCUCUCCAAAAGCGCUCACCAGUCGCGAAAGCUGCUGCAGUGCCAUCAGCAGUGCGAGUGUCACCGGUCUCGUCGGUUCAACAGCAUCAGUUGUUGUCCCGCAUGCCAGUGGGUGGGCGGGGAGCAGUGGGGGUGCCAUCUCUUCUGAACCCAACCUCUCUGCCAAGACCGAGGGUGUGGUCUCGAAAAUGGUGCAGAGAGGAUUGUGUGGCCCCAGGUGCUGGUUCUGCAAACGUCCCCAGUGGAGCGGCGACAGAGGGAGCAGGGGUGGCCGCCCAUCACACCACUACGGCGGGAAAGAUGAUGGGAAGGCCGUCGGGGUCGUCAUCGCCAGAACAAUACGCUGCAAGUGCAUCCUCCAAAACUGCAUCUUCCCCUCUGCUUGGCAUAAAGCCGACUGCCGGCCCAUCAUCUCCUGUUGAACUGGCCCCCAGCAAACGAAUUUGUACGAAAUCUACCUUUGUUGUUGGCGGUCAACAUGAGAGCAUGCUGGUCUCCUCCUCUGUUGCAGAGGGGCGGCAGGCUGGGAGUGCUGCUGUAACCUCGGCCUCUGGCUUGUCGGGUAGUUUGCUCUCUACGUCUCUGCCUCCCUCACGGCUUUCCUUGCAGAUCAGCAGCAGUGCGGUCACAGGGUCACCUGGAGGAUCAUCAUCAUCUGCUCUCCAUCCUCCUGCUCCUUCUCUUAGGCCAUCACAAUUGACCAAGUGCACCAGUGGCGGCGGCACCCCCAUGACUUCUCCCUCUUCCCUUUUGCAGCAUCUUAGGAACAGAGUGAGCAGUGGGCUGAACUCGUCCCCAUCCUUGCUUUCCCAUGGAGCAGCUGUGGAGAGUCCGAUGGCGAAGAAGCGAAUAGUCUCGGCAUCAGCUCUGGGUGGCGGGGAGUGUGAAUAUGUAAGGAUUGGCAAUAGUUUGGUAAGAUCUCCGAGUAUGGCCUCGAAGGUGAUGACUGGGUCAUCCUCAAUGCUGGGUGUAUCUGCCAUGGGCCACAUUAUGUCCGGGAAUGGAGGUAGCAACGCCCCGUGCCCCCUUCCUAUGCGCAGCAGCACAAGUGCGGCAUCCUUGACCUCAGCAGCAGGAGCAACAGCAGUGCGGUCAUCACCCCUAGGUUGUCAUGUAGCAGUGGGGCAGCUGGGGCAGCGGAAAGUAAUCACGUCACAGGCGACCACAUCAGCUAGUGUAGUUACACGGGUAAUUCCUGGGACACCCGGUGCAGCUGGCCGUCUCCAGCAACAGCAGCAGCAACAGGUACAGCAACAGAUUAAGCAGCAGGUACAGCAGCAGCAGCACCCAAAACAUCAGCAGCGGCAGCAGCAGGAGCAGCGGGAACAGCAGCGGCAGCAGCAGCAGCAGCAGCAGAAACAGCAGCAAAAACAGCAGCAAAAACAGCAGCAAAACCAGCAGCAGGAACAGCAGCAGCGUCAGAAGCAGCAGAAGCAGCAGCAGCAGCACCAGCAGCCGAAAGAGAAGCAACAGCGAAAACAGCAACAUCAGCAGCAGCAGAAAGAGAAACAGGAGCAGAACCAGUGGCAAGAGGAGAAAAGGCAAUUGCCUCCACAGCAGCAGGUGCACCAACAGCAGGAGCAGGAGCAGGAGCAGCACCAACCACAGCAGCAGCGGCAGCAGCAACAGCAGGAACAGCAGCAGCAACAGCACGAACAGGAGCAGCAACAGCACGCACGGCAGCAGCAACAGCAGGAACAGCAGCAGCAACAGCACGCACGGCAGCAGCAACAGCAGGAACAGCAGCAGCAACAGCACGAGCAGGAGCAGCAACAGCACUCACGGCGGCAGCAACAGCACGCACGGCAGCAGCAGCAGCAACAGCAACAGCACGAACAGCUGCAGCAACAGCACGAGCAGCAGCACCAACAGCACGAACGGCAGGAGAAACAGAAUGAACAACGUGAGCAAGAGGCACAGGUGGUUCUCAGAUCACACAGCAUUGGCGGCAGUGAUGGCAAUGACAGAGUACCCCGGCAUGCGUGUUCUAUUUCAGAAAUGAACUUGCAGGACUCGACUGCCACACCAGCAGCUCAUCAUCAUGAAGUGCUGCCUGCGAAAGUGGAUGCUACACGGGUAACUGAUUCAGCAGUAAACCUUCAGGACCCGGGUGUCAUAUCAGCAGCUCAUCAGCAGGAGCUACCGGCUGGGAAAGGGGAUGAUACGCAGGGAAGAGCGAGAGAAGGCGGAGUUUCUUCUGUUACCGUAUCGUUAGAAUCUCCCUUUAGUGAUACAGCAGUGAACUUGCACGACUCGGCUGUCAUAUCAGCGGCUCAUCAUGAGGAGCUGCCAACUGUGAAAGGCGAUGAUGAAGCGCAGGUAACAGCGAGAGAAAGUGGAGUUUCUGUUGCUACUAUAUCGUUGGUACCUCCCUCUAGUAUGGUAACGGACUCAGCAGUGAACCUGCAGGACUCGGCUGUCGUACCAGUAGCUCAUCACCAGGAGCUGCCAAUUGGGGAAGGGGAUGAUGAUACACAGGCAGGAGCAAGCGAAGGUGGAGUUUCUGCUGUCACCGUAUCGUUAGAAUCCACUAGGGGAGGACAAGGUGCUGGUGCGUCCAUGACUGCUGCUGUGUGUAGGCCUUCGCUGAAUGAUAAGUUGGAAUUGGCAGCUGGGACUGUACCUGUUGCUGCGAACGACGGAGGACUUCCGAUUGGGAAAGGCAAUGAUACACAGGUAACGGUGACAGAAGGUGGAGUUUCUGCUGUUACUAUGUCGUUAGUAUCCUCUAGGGGGAAGGAAGACGCUGAUGCGUCCAAGACUGCUGUGGUGUGUAGGCAUUUGCAGAAUGAUAAGUUGGGGUUGGCAGGUGGGACUGUACCUGUGGCUGUGAACGACGGAGGACUAGUGAAUAAGAAGAGGAGUGAGAAGAUAAAGGCUGUAGGUAAAGAGCAGGUCAAUGAACUUGCUGUGACUGUGUCUACAACUGUUAAUAAUGGCAGAUUAGUGAAUGAAGAGAAUCCUAAGGGGAUGCGGGUGGUACCGAAAGGGCUAGCACAUGGGCUGAAUGAUUUGGGGAAUGAUCCAUCACCAUCAAUACCGCCUGCUCCAGAAGGGGCUCUUGAGAUCAUAGUUAGGAGCUGCUCUACUGCAGGACCUGGUGAUGCGCGUAAAAAGGAAGGCUCGGAGUCAGCUGCAGCAGCAGUACUGUGGGGAGUACAGCCGGCUGCAGAGCCCGGGUAUGCAUCAGCUGCUGUUAAUGUGCCGUCGCAGGUGUGCGCAUCACAAUCAGUUGUGGUGGAGAUGGAACUGCCACGGCAAGCAAUGGUGGGGAGAACAGAUGGGGAGGAGCAGGCGAGUGGUGAUACUGGUUUGGGAGAAACAGGGAUUGAACAAGGGGCUAUGGAAGAAGGGAUGGUUUUCCUUCAGCAGACAAGAUCAUCGCCUCCCCAGAAUAUGAUCUCUGUUUCUGGCAUCGAGCGAUCUGCCAGGAGUGAUGAGCAUGAUGAUGGUGGUACGAGUAUUGAUGACCGGUGUGAUUUCCAAGCAGCAGGUACUUUGAGCACCUCGGGGGCUGAGACUACUUUGCCGACCAGUUCAAGCGAUGGACUCGCUGAUGCUGAUGUGAGUAUGGGUGGUCCAUGUGAUUUGCGAGUGGGGACUAUUUGCGCCUCAGGGGAUGGCACACCCGAAGUUGAUGCUGGUCCGCUGAUGUCUAGAGGCGGCGGGGAUGCUGUGCCCGGGCCAAUGUCAAGGAAUCCUCUUUGUAGUGCAACUGCCUUAACUGUCCCUGCUGGUGCAAGACAGGUUAACGGAGAUCAAAAUCUUGCACGCGAUGCGGGAGUGGCUUGUUCAAAUAAUGAAAUGCAAAAUGCAGAAGUCAAAGAAGGGUGCAUCUUAGUGGUGCCCAUGCCACUUUCGAGUUCACAUGCAAAUAUGGUGGAUGGGUGUGAAAUAUCCCAUGGUGUGCAAGCAGCAGCAAAGCAAAGGCUACCGGUAGCAUCGACCCUGCAGAGUGGGGUACGCAAAACUGUUGGUGUUGUUAGGUGCCAUCGAUUUGCAUCUACGGCGGUAGAACCCAUGGUAGCAGCACGUCCCCAAGUACCGCAGUGUCAGGUCUUGAGCCCGUCAACUGUUAACCACAUUGCAGGAGGGCCAGAAGGAGAAGCUGUAAUGGGAGAAAGAGAAGAAGGAAUUGAAGGAGGACCUGAACCAGCAGGACAAGCUGCAAUUGAAGCAAGUGAAACAGGAAUCAGAGGGGAAGGUGGUACAGGUGUUUGCACAGGGACAGACUUAACGAAGGCAUCCAAGGAAGAUGGGAUGGAAGAUAUGUUGCUCUCACUGCCAUCCUCAUCCAACCGAGACUGCACUGGGUGCGGUCCCGAUGAUGACAAUGGUUGUUGCCGUAAAGAUGGAGAUGAUAAUGGUACAUGUGUUUGCACAGGGACAGACACGACGAAAGCGUCCAAGGAAGAUGGGAUGGAAGAUGUGUUGUCCUCGCUGCCAUCCUCAUCCAACCGAGACUGCACUGGGUGCSGUCCCGAUGAUGACAAUGGUUGUUGCCGUAAAGAUGGAGAUGAUGAUGCUGACGAUGGUGUCGGGCUGGAAGUCCGUGAUCGAUUAUUAUCGAACAGGAAUGGGCUGUCGUCUUCUGCAAGUUCCUCGACCAAGGGUGGGAAGAAUCAUAGCUUAGGUCCAGGCGCUGCAAGUGGUAAUCGGGGCGCUCCAAACGGAAACGCUAUGGCCAGAUUGGCAGAUGCUGAAACCAACGCAGGCAUGGAGGGUGCUUCUGGGAGAUAUGAUGGAGUUUGUCUGUCUGGCAAUGUGCCGGAACGACAGGUGGUAGGUGUGAAUGGGACUUGCAUAGCAGGAAAUGAAAUAAGUACGAGCAGGGAGGUUGAUGUGGUUGGACAUGGGGGAAAGCAGGGGGAAAGAGUGACAGAGACGGAAGCUUUACAGAAAGGGGGAAGAAGAGAAACGAGGGACAAAGUGGCGCCUGUGCACCCGUUGCAUGAGAGUGCGUCCUCGUGCUCAGGAUCUUCGAAUUGCGGGCGGGCAGGUGAGCAGGUUGUGGUUGUUCCUAUAAUCGCGCCCAAGACAAGUGCAGGCCAGAGGCCAUGGGUAGGAGCUUGCCUCCAAAAUUCUGCAUCUAUGUCCAAACAGAAGGUGCUUCUUGGGCCCCCGGUAAAUACGGUAGUGGCAAGUGCCAGGGAGCAAACCAAGGGUGCUGGAUCCAUGGCCACGUGCGUGGCUGUGACGACCCCUAUAAGCUUGGGACGUGUUUGGAUGGGAAAUGAUGAAAGGGCAGGGCGGGCAGUGAUGGGCCGUGGCAUUAGAUCUAUUCUGACAAAGCAAUUGUCAAGGUCAGGGUCUUCCUUCACACGCCUUGUGAAAAAGAACGGGAAAAUAGUUUUCGACUCCCCAGCGAAGUAUGUGAGGUUGCGGGCAAAUCAGCUUGUGGCAGUGAAUGCAAGUGCCUCACACCCUUUGUCAGCUGGCAAGGGAAUUCAACUACGGAAUACUUACGUCAAGAGCAAAGUGAAUCAACUUGUUCGCAGCGGGGUUUCCUGUGGGGUCUCUAUGUCGACUGCCCCUGGGAUGGUUGGCCUUGGAGUGCGGACAGGAGCGGUCCUGAGCUCGCCUUCAAGGAAAGUGAGCCCUUUAUCCAGCUCAAGAGCACGGCAACGCCUCAGAGGGUUGCUGAAGGUGAAGGCAGUGAUCACGAAUCGACAGGCGAAACAAAGGUCCACGGUGUUUCCUUGGAGGCGUGGGAUGAACACAAGGGAGUUGGGCUGGAGGCAAACCAAACGAAUGUCAGGACACUACUCUUUUUGGAAGGACGUGGAUCAUCUGCCUUUGGAGAUGGAGAAGGGUUCACUGCUAGGGCUUUUACGGAAGCAGCUUCAGUCGAAACGGAUGUAUGAGCCGGUGUACACAGUCUCCGCAAAUGGCCUUUCCAUGCGACGGACAGGUGUGCGAAGCAACCGAAGUGGUGCCAAUCUCAAAUGGACAAAGUGCAUAGGGAACCGUGCGAUUGAGGCAAAUGAGGUGGCGACAAAGGCAGUUGCAGCUGUCGAAAAAAGAAAUAGAGAGAGGAAAGAAGCUGUCAAGAAAGCAAAGUUUGAUGCAGCAAAGGAUAGGGCAAGAAGGAAGGCAGCGCGAAGAGCAGCAGUGAGAAAGUCUCGCGAACGCAUCAUAUUCGUGGGUCUGGCGCAGUACAGGAUGGAUCCCGUUGGAAGAACGCUUCAUAGGAUUCCCGAACCUCCUGGCAUUUCUAGCAAACCGGCGUCUGCUUUCGCACUGCUUGCUCCAAAGAGGACCUCAAUCAACGGGAUCAUGUACGUGCGAGUGGGUAAUGGAAGUAAGCUCGUGAGGGAUCCGAAGGCUGCAAUUCAUGCUAUUGCAAGUCAUCGUGUAAAGUGGAGUUUGCAUAAUGCUCGUUUCAGCAGAGGGCAGAAGAGCCAGCAAUAUUGUCUGUUCUACACUCGCUUUGGGACGUGCAACAAGAAGGAUGGGAAAUGCCCCUACAUACAUGAUCCGGAGAAGGUGGCUGUGUGUACUAAGUUCCUGGUGGGGAAGUGCGAUAAGGAGAAUUGCCUCCUGACUCACAAGGUUAUACCUGAGCGAAUGCCUGACUGCUUUUACUUCCUCAAAGGUGAAUGUACAAAAGCAAAGUGUGCAUAUAGACAUGCGGAGAAGAUCGAUCCGACGGGUCCUAUCUGUGCCGCAUUCCGAAAAGGCUAUUGCCGUGAUGGCUAUCAGUGCACGAAGAGGCAUACGUACGAGUGCUCUGUUUUCGCCGAGACUGGUGAGUGCCCGGAUGGUUCAAGCUGCAAGCUACAUCACUCUAAGAAGUUGCGGCAGGUUGGUCAGAAGCGACGGAGGUUUGGACAGAAGGACACGCGGACAGUUUUCACCGAUGAAGAUUUUGGAGAAGGCGGGCUUGCCCUCCACGUGCCAAAUGCAAAGCCCUGGUAUGCGACGGAGAGGGAAGCAACGAAUGGAGUGAUGACACUGCGGAAGCUGAAACUGGCUGAGGAAGGACUAAGGAUAGGAUUUUGGGUGGAAGGAUCGCCCUUCCGUAAGAGACCACGUGUCGCAAGAGGACUGGAAGAAGAGGUUGUGGGAAGAGUGCUUGCUGGAAGCCGUCUGCACACUGUGGUUACUCCCUCGAGCAUAACGGAAUACAGAGGAGCGGACGCCUCUGACGUCAUGGAGGGGGUGGGAUCGAUGCCACUGAAGGAAACGUGCUCCCGAUCGCAGCUGGUUGGACCAGGUGCUUUGGUUGUGAAUCGUCGGAACUGCAUGGACCAGGUGCUCUGGACCACAACUGCAUGGACCUGGACUACACUCCUUGAUUGUGGACGGAUGGAGCACAACUCUCUAUUUGAUAGAGGAUGGAUGGACAAGAACUCCUUGAUUCGUCGGGACCUAUUAACCAGAACCGUAUCGCAGAAGAGGUAUGAUGGACGGAAAUUGUUUAGACAAGCAUCGAUGGAUGUGAACUGCAUGCGCUCCAAACUGCUUGGAGCAGAGCUAUAGGCCCAAACUCCUUGGCACUGCAUGGAACUGAGCUGUGGGCCCAAAGUGGUGAAACUAAGAACCAGGGAGUAGAGCUGGCUGGACCAGGAUCAAUUGAACAUGCCUGCGCCAACGAGAAACCAUGUACCAGGAACAAUCAUGGCGGAGAAUAGGGCAACUGUCAGUCCAGAUGCAGCGAUAAUGACCGGGCGUUCUAUUCGGGAGAAGACGGUAGAAACCUGGCUUAUCUCACCUCUCUCUUGCUACUGCUGGAGGCAUCUGUUCUUUUGCCAAGGAAGAAAGGAAGCAGCCAGUUGGACUGCGAGGGAAGCGAACAAGAGAGAGGGGGAGGGAGCGGGCGUUCUAUUCGGGUGAAGACGGUAGAAGCCUCGCUUAUCUCACCUCUCUUUUGCUACUGCUGGAGGCAUUUGUUCGUUUGCCAAGGAAGAAAGGAAGCGGCCAGUUGGACUGCGAGGGAAGCGAACAACAGAGAGGGGGAGGGAGCGGGAUAUGGCUCAGGGUGAGGCUAUGGAUAUGGAUAUUCACACUGCGAAGUUCGUAAUCUAUCCGUUGAAGGGCCUCUCGCUUCAUUACUCACCACAUGCACGAAAGACAAACAUUAUGGUGAUGUAUCUUUACAUGUUCUGGCGGAAGAUUCAUUAUCACUCUGCAGAUUUUUUGGUGAGCAAUGCAGCGAGCCCCGUGGUUGCGUGACUGACAUGUGUCGUACUUGACCAACGUGUCUGUCUCCAUCAUUCUAAGAAGUUCCGGCAAAGUUGGUCAGAAACGGCGGAUAUUCGCGAUGGCAGGCACCUGUCUCCAUCAGUGUGAACGAGACUGGCGAAGAAGUAUCAUCGACCGAAAGGCUCAGAAACGACAUUUGCAUCGGUGGCAUGAUGUGGAAGAACACGGGACUUCUUGUCGAGUUCCAGCUGCAGUCUGGAGGUUGUUGCUUCAUCUCGUGAUGUCCCGGUUCAGGGGUCGAUUAACCUUGGCGGUCCCGCUCCAGUUCUGUCUUUUUUCAAUACUCGGAGAUGAGAGGUAGGUAUGAACCAUCAGUUCUCGGGCCCUCUAGUUCCGAUGGGACAUGGAUCUGGACAAUGUGCUCCUCUCACACGUGAUGGAAAUGAGAAUCGCCGAUCGGUCAAUCGAUCGAUUGCUCGGUCGAUCGAUCGAUCGACCGACCAACUGGCCGACCAACAGUCUUUGCACAUGUUCGACGUAGGUGGUUUAAUUACUUUCUGACGAAUCGAUCGCAAUGGAGACUGUUGUGCAUGGUGGUUGGCCUGAUCCAGCGUUCCAAGAACUCCUACCUUCUUCACCCGAAUACAAGGUACGGUCAUUAUAGUAGAGCUGUAUUUGGGGUGUCUUGCAGUCUAAAUACAGCAAUAAUGACCGUGCUUUGUAUUCAGGGGAAGAUGGUAGGCCUUGUAUAAGGGGGGUCCAAGGAGCGAGCGAGCGAGCGAGCGACCAAGAAUGUAGUCCGUGGAUGAAUUCAAUGGGCAACGUUAUCCAUGACUACAUACGUCAUGAUCGCUGAUGAAUCAUGACAGCAAUCAUGACCAGAAUCAUGAUGAGGAUAAUGAAUGGUCUGUAAUGAA